UCAGCUGAUGAUAUAUGUAUAUGUAUAUAUAUAUAUAUAUAUAUGGACAUGUAUAUUCAAAGUUGAGGUGGCUGAUGACCUUUUAAUUGGCACUUUGAUCAAAAGGAUUUAACAUUAGCCCUAGGAGGAGGCCCCAUAUCCCAGAGUUCAAACUUUCUUUCCCCUCUUCUCUCCCCUCUCCAUUUUGUUUGCUUCACUAAAAGCUAGAGAGCAUAAUUGUCAAAAAAUUAAACUCCUAGGUAUUUGAGGAGCCAAAAACUAACCACUUUUUCGUUCUAAUCAUUCAAGUUCAAGCCAAGCCUCCUAAUUCUCUCUCUUCUUCCUUCUCUUUUGGUCUCCAAUUACCAAACAAACAAGACCCAAAUCAUUAAAAUAAUACCUAGAGGAAAAAGAGAAAGAUCUAGCUAGGACUGAUUAUAUAAUGGAACUUUCAAGUCAAGAAGCUGGGGAGAUCCCAAUCCCAAUAAAUAGUUCCUAUGGUGGUGGGCAUGGGCAUGGGCACAUGAUCCAUCAUAAUCAUCAUCAUCAUGACCCUGCAGCAGCAGCAGCAGCAGCAGCAACAGUAGUGCCCCACAACCAUUCCAAUUUGAUUCCCUCCUCAGCAGUGCCCCAAAAUCAAAACCCCUCCAACACUAAUGGCUCUUCCAUGCCCACAAGCCUAGAUCAUCAUCACCAUCACCCCCAUUCUCAUCCUCAUCAUGAGGAGGAGGAGCAUGUGAACAUUGUGCCCUACAGCUGUAAGAAAGUGGGGGUGAGGUACAAAGAGUGCCUCAAGAACCAUGCAGCAGCCAUGGGAGGGACUGCAACUGAUGGGUGUGGUGAAUUCAUGCCCAGUGGAGAAGAAGGCACUAUUGAAGCUCUCAACUGCUCAGCCUGCAACUGUCACAGAAACUUCCACAGAAAAGAAGUAGAAGGUGAGCAGCAGCCCUCCCCCUCCUCUUGGGAUCAUAACUUUCAUCAUACUAUCAACAGGGUUGGGGUUGGAAGCAGGAAGUUCCUAUUAGGCCCUGGCCAUCACAAGAAUUUACUAGCAGCCCCCCCAGAGGGCUUAGGGUACCAUACAAUGCCCUCAUCAAGAACAGCAGCACCCCACCAGAUGAUAAUGUCUUACAACAUGGGAAUGGGAAUGGGAAUGGGAAUGGGGAUGGGGAUGGGGGCCAUCCCUUCAGAGUCUGAUGAACAGGAGGAGCAUGAUGGUGGUGGGGCUGUGGGCAGGCCAGCAGCAGCACAGCUAGCAAAGAAAAGGUUCAGGACAAAGUUUACACAGGAGCAGAAGGAAAAAAUGUUCAACUUUGCAGAGAAAGUUGGGUGGAAGAUUCAGAAGCAAGAAGACUCUGUGGUACAAAACUUCUGCCAAGAGAUUGGGGUCAAGAGAAGAGUUCUCAAGGUUUGGAUGCACAACAACAAACACAAUCUUGCCAAGAAGAAUCCCCUACCACCCCCACCCCCACCCCCACCUGCUUAAUAUCAAUUAAAAAAUUAAUUACGUACCAUCUCUCUCAUCAUCCUCUUUCAGUUUGUGCUUAACUCUAUCUGUAGUUAGCUUAUAUUACUGAUUAUCAUAUUUAAU